AUGGAGAAGGGCUGGUCGAUUGCCAGCCUGAAUGCCGUAAGUAAGCCGGCCAGUCUGGCGCCCAGCAAACGCGGCACUCCGGCGGAGCGCGCCUUCAAUGAGAUUAUGUGGAACGAUCCACUACCAAGCAAGCUCCGCAAGAAGAGCCGCUACCAAAAGCACAAGUACUACGUGAACCGAAAGCGCGGCGGACACUGCAACUUCUUCACCGAAAGCGGCCUGAAGGCCUUCCUGGAGACGAACAACCUGUCAAUGGUGGUUCGCGGCCACCAGUUUCGGCACACUCAGCGGCGAGGCUUCCAGCACGACUUCAACGGCGCCCUGCUCACCGUCUUCAGCAGCAGCAACUACUGCGGCAGCGAGAAGAACAACACCGGAUACGUGCACGUCAAGGGGGGCACUGACGUUCAGGUGCUGGCGCAUACGCUGCGCAAGGCGAAUGACGCAGAGAAGUAUCGCGGCUUCAACCUCCUCAAGAUUGUCGUCGACGAGCGCACCAAGGCGGUCACGCAGGUCGCCUUCUGA